AUGACCUUUCGCUGGGCCAUGUGGCUGCUGCUCUCGGCCGCCUGGAGCAUGGGAUGUAGUGAGGCCUUCAGGUGCUAUACCUGUGAGCAGCCCACGGCCAUUAACUCAUGCAAGAAUAUUGCUCAGUGUAAACUGGAAGACACAGCCUGUAAGACUGUACUGGAGACAGUGGAAGCAGAGUUCCCCUUCAACCACAGUCCCAUGGUGACCCGCUCCUGCUCCAGCUCCUGCCUGGCCACCGACCCUGAUGGCAUUGGGGUUGCCCAUCCGGUCUUUUGUUGCUUCCGUGACCUCUGCAACUCAGGGUUUCCAGGCUUGGUGACAGGCCUCUAGCCACACAGGGAGCCUCGCUCCUCCUAGAUCCAGUCU